AUGCAUUACAUUCGAGAACUUCUCAUUGUGCUUUUCACAUCUUGCCCCGCGCUGAGCUACGCUCCUUCCAGCCUGGAUGGCAGUCGGUAUUGUCGGUGUCAACCAGGAGAAGCUUGUUGGCCGUCUCUCGCAGAUUGGCAGGCCCUGAACAGCUCAAUACAGGGCAAUCUUGUCGAGGUCAGACCAAUUGGACACGUCUGUCAUGAGCCUACAUAUAACAAGGCCGCCUGUGAGCGGGUAUCCAAGUUAUCGUCAAAUGGAACGUGGAGAGCAAACCAGCCAGGUGCUCAACAGGAGUAUGCAUGGGAGGUUUCUCUGUCACGAAAUGAGAGCUGCUAUGUUGGCCCUGCUAACCCGGCCGAGCCAUGCGGCCAGGGCCGUAUCCCGCGAUAUUCGGCCAUGGUGGAAACCACUGAGCAGGCGCAGAAAGCAAUCAAUUUCGCUAGGGAGAGACGCCUUCGCCUGGUCAUCAAGAACACGGGCCAUGAUUCAGGCGGGCGCUCCAGUGCGGUGGAUUCAUUCCAGAUCCUUACGCAGCGGCUGAAAGACAUUACUUUUAUCCCAGAAUUCACGCCUACUGUCGGCCUUGCCGGGGGGACAUACAAAUCAAAGGGGCCGAGUGUCAGGAUCGGAGCAGGAGUCCUGACUAAAGAGCUCUAUGCUGCCGCGGAUGAGCACGGCUAUACGGUUAUGGGCGGCGAAUGCGCAACAGUUGGCAUCGCCGGAGGAUACAUCCAAGGAGGAGGCGUGUCGACCGCGCUGACACCAAUGCUGGGGCUGGCCGUGGAUCUGGUGCAAGAGUUUGAGGUGGUCACUGCGGAGGGCAGCCGUGUCAUCGCAAACGAAUUUCAAAACCAAGAUCUCUUCUGGGCUCUCCGCGGAGGCGGCGGAGGGACAUUUGGACUAGUGACAAGGGUCACAAUGCCGGUCUUUGACGCGAUCCCGGCAGUUGUAUCAGAAUUGAGCUUUGAAAGUCAGGAACCUGGUGAACCAUUCUGGAGAGCCGUAAAGGAAGUGAUCUAUGCCACACGAGAUUUUAGCACUGGUCGGAACUCGGGUCAAUACUGGAUCGGCCGUGGUCCCACGGGGAGCUAUUUUGUCCGACUAACACUGUUCUUUAUAGGUGAGAUGGACACAGAAAAGAUGGGGGGCAAGAUGGGAAGUCUCCUUCGUGCACUCCAGGACCAAGAGAUUGGCUUUCAUCUCAAUUCAACGGCAUACGACCGGCUGAGUUCUUUUCUUGCGAUCCCCCAAGGCGAGUUCGUUGGUGGGAUCGCAUUCCACCAGGAAAACAUCCUCAUUCCCCGCGAGUUUUAUGAAUCGCCCGAAGGCCCGGCACAGCUGGUCAACCGCCUCGCGGAAGUCAAAUUGAACCCAGGCGAUAUGUGGGUCGUUAAUGCGCUGGGCGGAAAAGUCAUGGCCAACAAGGACUUGGUGGAUAACGCCAUGCACCCUGGGUGGCGGACGGCGUCUGUUCUGCUGGUAGGAAAUCGGAUAUUCGAACCUGCGCUGGAGGCACAGCGUGCUGUUCAGCAGCGCAUGACUGCCGUUGAGGGGCCCCUUUUACAUUCCCUUGGACCGCCGGGUCCUGUGGCCAUAUACUUGAACGAGGCAGACGCAGACCUCGAGAACUGGCAGGAGUGGUUUUGGGGCGAGAAAUACAACCGUCUCCGAGAUAUCAAACGCAAAUGGGAUCCUGAUGAUUUGUUUCUCGUGAGACAUGGGGUAGGGAGUGAGGACUGGGAUGAGGAAGGCAUGUGUUGGAUACAAAUGUCGAUUGAAGAAUGCCCGGUGAGAGAGCCCUCACAGUGCACUUGUCCAUCCUUCGGAUGCGCAAUGCGCCUUGUACCUGGGUUGUUGUAG